CCUCAGCCCGGCAGCCAUUUUGCGGAGCGCUGCGGCGAGCGGGCGGCGCGCGGCGCCCUCUGGCGGCUCCCCGCCCGCGGACCGGCGACGAGGGGGUGGUCGCCAGCCAUGAAGUCCGUUUUUGUCACCGUGGGCACCACCAGCUUCGACGACCUGAUCGCGACCGUCUGCUCCCCCGCGGCCCUGCAGGUGCUGCAGAGCCGCGGCUACGAGAAGCUGGUGCUGCAGGUCGGGCGGGGAGCGCUGGAGCCGGAGCUGUGCAGCAGCCCGGCCUUGGCGGUGGAAGCCUUCCGCUUCAAGGAGUCGCUGGCCGAGGACCUGCGGGAGGCGGACCUGGUCAUCAGCCACGCAGGUGCAGGUAGCUGCCUGGAGACUCUAGAAAAAGGAAAACCACUAAUAGUAGUAAUAAACGAAAAGCUGAUGAACAACCACCAGCUUGAACUGGCAAAACAGCUCCACAGAGAUGGGCACGUGCUCUACUGUAAUUGCAGCACUCUUGUGGACACACUGCAGUCGAUGGACUUGUCAACUUUGAAACCUUUUCCUCCUGGACGCCCAGAAAAGUUUGCUUUGUUCUUGGAUACAGUUAAUGGCUGCGGCUGCUGCGGGCGGCAGCUCCCGCGGGCUCGCUGGGGAAGGGAGCCGGGCCCAGCUGCGCCGGGACGGGGGCGGGUGAGGCUCGGAGGGGCGCCCCGCGGGUGGCCGUGGCCGUGCCUGGCGAGAAGGGGGAUGCUGGGGGUCGCGCCGCCCCACGCCGGGUGUGCCGUGCCACGCCACGCCAUGCCGCGCGCGCUGGGCGCAGGUGGGCGCGCUGGGCGCGGCCCCUCAUUAGCAGCAGCGGCAGCCGCCACGCGCCGCGGAGCGCCCGUCUCCCGCUUCAGCCGCUGCCGCCUUUGCCGCCCGGGGAGGAUGCAGAAGGGCUGGAAGAAGUACUUCGGGCAGAAGUCCUUCGGCGAGGUGGCCAUGGACGAGUACCUGGGCAGCCUGGGGCUCUACCGCAAGAUGACGGCCAAGGACGCCUCCUGCCUCUUCCGAGCCGUCUCGGAGCAGCUGUUUUCAUCUCAAAUUCAUCACGUGGAAAUUAGGAAAGCUUGUGUCUUGUUCAUGAGGCAACACCAGCCUAAGUUUGAAUCUUAUGUGGAAGGAUCAUUCGAGAAAUACCUUGAACGACUAGGAGAUCCAAAGGAAAGUGCUGCCCAGCUGGAAAUGAGUGCUUUAUCAGUGAUGUACAAGCGAGACUUUAUUCUGUACCGGUACCCUGGAAAGCCACCCACUUAUGCUACAGACAAUGGCUGUGAAGGCAAGAUUUUACUGUGUUGUUCCGGCAAUGGCCAUUAUGACUCUGUGUAUACAAAACAAUUCCAGGAAAAUGCUGCUAUUUGCCAGGCUGUAUUGUAUGAGAUCCUGUACAAAGAUGUGUUUGGCAUGGAUGAGGAAGAAUUAAGGUCUGCGGUUGAGGUGUUUCGAAGUGGAUCCAAGAAGAACAGAAACAGUGGCUCUGUAGGAAGCGAGGAUGCAAACUUUGAUUGUCUUCAUGAAAAAGUAUCCAGAAAUUCAUCAGAAAAGAGAGUGGACAACUGGGAAGGCAAUGAUGCUGACAAUCUGCAGGAAGAGAAGUUCAAACAAGGCACUGAAGAAGAAAAGCCUCCAGAAAAUCCAUCAAAGAUGCCUGUUCCUUAUAAAGUGCUAAAGGCACUGGACCCUGAGAUCUAUCGAAAUGUGGAGUUUGAUGUUUGGCUGGACAGCAGAAAAGAGCUUCAAAAAACUGACUACAUGGUGUUUGCUGGGAGACAGUACUAUUUAGGAGACAAGUGUCAGGUGCGCCUGGAGCCUGGAGGUAAGUAUUACAAUGCUCAUAUCCAGGAAGUCGGACAGGAUGGCAACACACUGACUGUAUUCGUUGAGGAGCUGGCGAAAAAGCAUACGGUUCCUCUGGCAAACUUAAAACCAGUGACACAAGUGGCGCCUGUCCUUGCUUGGAAUAUGGUUCCCAGCCGAAAAGGAGGAACCUAUCAGAAAAUAACAGGUGGAUACUUCUCAGGAAUAGAAAUAGAUAUGAAAACACGGAAGAGAAUGCUUAAGAAAGUUCGUGGAAAGGAAGUCUUCAUGACUGUGACUUAUAGCAGGGGUCAGCCAGUUCUUCCACCCCGGCUACAGCACAAUGUUCCUUCGGGGCGCUCUCCUCCAGUUCACUGCUCGCAGGGUGGUGGAAACGUGGCACCUUACGAACCCUAUCAUCCUCAGAAUCCUCCUCAGAGACAUAACCGUGGAUUUGGGAUCUCAAGGGGAUCUGCCCGAUUUAUAAACAGGCACAACAUGGUUGGCCCUCAAAUAGCAUUCUACCCCAGUCCAGGAAAGAGAUGCUAUCAGAGCUAUGACAGUUUCUCCUGCAGGUCCUGCUCAUACAGCCGUAGCCGCCGUCAGAUGCAGUGUGUGAAUAAGGAAUGUCAGUAUGGGUUUGUACCAGAGAGUGGGGAGGAGCCGCAAGGACCAGAAGAAACUAUAACUUUCUAUGAAAUUGAAGGAGAGGAUGACGCUGCUUUUUCUACUUUACCAGUAAGUUACCAACAAAAGGGGUAUGUUAAAACCUCUGAGUUGAGGGUGGGGGGCAAGCUGUACAAAUGCACAGCACUUCUUUACCUAAAUAUACAGCAUCUUCCCCUACCGCCUUGGAAUAAGCUUUACCUUUUCUCUGUCUCUUCCUUGUCUUGUUUAGUAAAGGAAUUUAACAUUUCCUGGGGAAAGAUGCAUCUCGCAGAAAACUCUGCCAUCCUACUAGAGGCCUGGUGGGAGAAUCUUCUGACUUACCACCUCUGCUUCAACCUUGGAAAUCUUACAAGCCUUUCUGAGCACUUUAUCGAUCUCAUAGUCACCAUGUCUUCUGAGGAGAAUUUUGAGUGUCACCUUAGCCAUCACAAAAGAAGCCCAGGUAGCCCUGCUCCCAUUGUCAAUGGUCCAGCAGGAUUUUGGGUACCAAGGAGAGGCCCAAACUCUGUUCCUCCUAACAAGCAGACCCUGAAUUCCUCAGAGGAGGAAGAAGAAGCAAGUGAAAAUGGGAAAUAUCAUGAAGAAUAUAUCUAUGCACCUCCAGAUCCUGACUGUGAAACUGCAACAGUAUUUAAUUCAGCAGAACCUACAGGAAACUUGGAAGAAGGGCCAGUCUCUGUGUCACCUCAGGAUGGAGUGGCUUCCUACAGCUAUCCUCAGAAGGUGUUGGUGAACUCUGCGGCAAUCUCAACUUCAACAGGUGCUGCUCCACCUACAGGCUUCUCAAAUUCCGCUGCCUGCACUCCAGCCAGUGUCACAACAGCAGUUCCCCCACAAACAGCAGUUCAGCCAGUCAUAGUAUCUCCCCUUUCUAUAGGGAGGCCAGCACUUUCUUCGGUGCCAUUCCCAAUUUAUUCAGCUCCUCUUCCUCCAGUCAGUGAGGUGGGAGAAGCUGGUGCCAUUCUUCCACCUUACUCUUGUGAUCCCAGUGGCAGUGACCUGCCUCGAGAUACAAAGGUCUUGCGGUAUUAUUUUAAUCUGGGAUUGCAAUACUGUCAUCAGAGCUAUUGGCCUUCCAUGGUAUAUGUACAGCCAGUGCUGCCACCAUCACCUGUGGAAGUUUAUCCAGCAUACGCUGAGCCAGUUCCUGCCCUAGAUCAGUCAGUACCUCAGCUCUACACUGAUGCUGGGCGAACUGAAGUCCAUCAGGUUCCCUUGGAAGCACCUGCAAAUGGCAACUUUCAAAACGCAGAGCCUCCACCCCUGUCCUACGGGCCAGUAUAUUACCCUGUCGUGUCGGACCCCUUCAGCCAGCAAUCUCUUCCUGGGUUUGAUUCUUUAGUACCUGCCUAUCGCUAUAUUAGUACGUGGCAUCCAGUAAAUCCACCAUAUGGAAACUCUCCCCAAAUUCCUAAUGCUGUAAGCUCUGGACCGCUGCACCAAGUCAGCUAUAUUGCCUCACCUAACCCCGCACCUCAUGACAUGCCUCAAGGAAUGUAAAUCCGGGAGCUAUAAGGUUACUUUUUGCCCUUGGUUCCUUUUGUUUGUCAACUGUAUGUAAUAUUGUUUUGUAAUUGUUAUCCUGUCUGAUUAACCGACUGACGCAGCCCAAACUGCAUUCAAACGUCAUGUUUCUCUUUAGGUUUAUGCUAGCGAUGGUUGACUUGCCAAGAUGUUGUUUUAGUUGAUUACGUAGGAAGCCAUAGGAAAAGAUCAUAUGCAAACUAGAGCACAGGGAACACAAAGCUUGAAUUUCACUAUAAAGUAUGUGUAAAACAUACGCUAUCACUAAAGGGAUGUUGCAUCAUGUACCUCUGUGAGGGGUUACGCUGGAACACUUAGACACCUGGUUCUUGUUUAAGCACUGAAAUAGGCUGCUGUUACAACUACAGAUAAAAAUAGGGCACGGAGUCAUAGAGGAUGAAAAUGUUGGAAACAGGUUGGCUUUCCCAGAUUUCGCAACACAACUUCUUUGCCACUAGUGGUCGCGCAUUUGUAAUGGCUGUAUUUCUUCUAAUCUAAUCUGCGUAGGUGUCACGACCCUUGAAAGUGUAAGAAUCCUGUUUCGAUCUGUUGUAUAUUGCUGUAUGUUUGUAAGAUUUGUUUUGUGAAAGCUGUUGCACAAAUGGUGGUAGCUUGGUGUUUGAUUUGCACUGAUAGCACAAAAUAAAAGCAUUGAACACCUGAAAA